CAAAGGUUUAUUAAUUUACAAUUACCUAUCCAGCGUGAUUUAAACAUCAGAGUAUAUCCGAUUUAAUAUUACGUCUUAUAGUAUUAAUUAGCUUGGCAAAGUCGAAUACAUAUAGUGGGGUCGACAUUAAUGGCGUCGUGUACAAAAAAAACCACAGGUCAAACAAAAAGGAUUUAUCUCUUUGUUCGUUCAUGUCAGUACGUUGUGACGUAGAAUCAUAAUAAUAGAACUACAAGUUGUUAUGUUAUUGCGGUAGCACGGUAUGAAAAGAUUCUGUAGGUGUAGGAAAAGAAAGGCAUCAUAUAUAUUGAAGCUUUAUGAACGAGAACCAAUCCGAAUGGUUAGUUCGAAAGAGGCACGCAUAAGGAAGCGGAUCAUCGCUACUUUAAACUGAACAAGCCCAUACGGUCGUGAUUGGAGCGAGUCAAUCUUAUACCUCGGAAGAAAGAAGAGAACCAGUGAGGGCAGCAACAAGUGCGAUUGUGACGUCACAAUGGAAAGUCCACGCGUCAUUUUACCCAUGGAACACCCGUUGGAGGGAAGAAAUAACCCACAGCCGAGCAAGGCCUUUAUGGACUGGAGAGUGCCCAGCAGAUACUCAGAUAAAGCUGGGAGACCAACGACACGAGAGGCUGAAGUGAUGAGACGUAUUCAAGCCCAAUCUCGAGCAAGGAGCAGCCGCCAGCAUGAAGUAACUCAUACAACACACCACCCACCACCGCCUGGUAAAUUUCAACCCAUCAGAUCCGAACAACAGGAGCACAUGGCUGAGGUCCUUCGAAUGAAAUCUGCCCUUCGUGAUCGUGGGCAAGUUACAACGUUGCCGCGACUUUCUUUAAGCGCCAACCACAGUAUGGAGAAACCACUGGAACCAAGAACAUACUCGGCUGCACAAAGAUGGUUGAGUAAAAAUCCUGGAAAGGAGCAUCUGGCAGAACAGGUUUUGAGGCAAAACGGUCGAACAGAAGUGGACAGACUGUUGGAAAAUACAUUGGAGCCCAACGCGAGAAAAGCGGUUCGGGAAUGGCUGAAACAUGCAUCUGAAAGCGAUCGCCGUGCUGCUAUGAGGUUUUUCAGCACGCUGGCUGGUAGAAAGUUGCUUGGUGGACCUAGUGGACGUCACCCCGCGCCAAACAUGCAUGGUGAUAAAAAUGCCAGGCUGAGCGCAGUACUGGAUACUUUACGAACAAACAAGGGUCAAGCACCACAGGAACCAGACAUGGGGCACGCAACGGUUGACGAUCACAUUAAGUCUUUGUUAAAAGCAGCACGAAGAAAGCACAUUCGUAUUCUGACGCCAGAGACAAGACUAAGACACAAAGAACUGCAGACUUGGCAUCAUAUGCCGGUCUACAAUUACACCGGAAAAAUACAAAACACAAGAUCAAUGUACGUAAAGCCAAACGCAUCCAUUCCAAAAGAUUUUCGGAUUCAUCCUGAGUGGGAACCGUGAGGUUCAUGAUGUCACGAAACACUGCUUUGAUGAGAUUACGUUGAUGUUUGUUGUUGUAAUUAAGUACUUUUUACUGUUAUAAAACUUAUGCCUUGAAUAUUUUCACCAUGUACAAUGAGCACUUGGAUUUAAUAAAUGUUAUCUGUGU